AAGCAAGACGGGUCUAUUGUGGUUUUUCACAACCAACGGGGGAAGCAGGCUUUUUGUGAUCCGGACUAAAGCGGAUUAGACCAGAAUAGUUGUUUUUGGUCAUACAGGUCAAAACUGAGAGCUGCGGUCAUUCCUAAUAUUUGUAUUAUUUGUACGCGCAAGGAUGUCUAUUAUGUCCUUAAUAAUUAUCAGAAUGCAUGUUUUUCAAUCUACAUCUUCAAGCUACAUUUUAGCAAGAUAGCAUCAGAGCAUAUUAGCUAUGUUUUGCGUUGACAUUAAAACUAUAAGAAAAGUACGCCUGUUAUUUAGAUCUAUUUACGGCCCGGUGGGAUAUGUGUUAACGUUUGAAAAGAGAUGGAACGACCCGAAAAUGACAAAGAUCCCCUUAUACCAAUUUCUUAUUUACGCCUUUUGGCCCCUCCCCUGCAGCUUAUGUCAGCUGCUAUGUGGCAAGUUGUGCAGAAAGGACUUGUCGGGCAUUAUGGGAUGCUGGAGGAGUUUGUCAGCUCAGUGACAGAGAUGGUCCCAGAGCUGCUAAGUUACCGACAGAGGGCUCAACUCAUCCUGGGACUGAGAGCCCGGCUGGUUCUGGAGUUAUGUCGCGGUGAUCACCAAGUCAGUCCUGAGACUAUCCAGCCCCACCUGGACAGAAUCAAAGCUUCAGUGAUUACACAACGGGACAACUUUGUGAGUGAUCCACAAGUAGAGGAGUCUGGAGCCAAUUUUUUGGAUCUGGUGCAGACCCUGCUAAAAGAUCCAGAUGUGAAAGGUCACUUCUUCCAGGAGGUGUUCCCAGUGCAGUUUGGCCAGAAAUAUGACACAGCACUAGAGAUCCUCCUUUGGGAGUUCCUGUCCAGACUGGAGGAGCUUCUGCCUGUUCCAGAUUUUGCACAGAUGGCGUCUUGGCUAGGUGCUGCCCCCUCUUUUCUAGAUGAGUGUUUGCGAUCAGCGACACCCCCAGAGGAGAUGAAGGCCUUAAUUGAUCAUCACAGAAAUCAGGGACACAUUGACAUCAAAGACUCUUGCUCUUUACCAGUGGACGACCUCAUCCUCUCCACUCUCUCCCUCCCUCCAGACACAAAGCUUGUGGUUGCUGCUGACAUUCAAGCACUCUCUGGUCACUUGCAAGAGUCCACACUCUUUUCAGAUUGCCAAAAUAAAGAUGAAAUUAUUGAGAUUCCCAUUGCCCAGUAUAGUCUAGAGAAGAGUGAAAGGAGGAUAUCUGAGAGAACAAGACAAAGAAAUAGACAGAGGGAGAAAAUUGAGACUGAUGAACUUGUGGAUCAGGAAACGUCAUUUUUGUCAGCUUCUUGUCGGCCGGGAGAUACAUGCACCAUUGACCUCUCACUUCCUGAAUUGUCACCUCAUGUUAUGGUUGCUAGUGAGGAUGGUGGAGAGAGUUCACUAUGGCAACAGGGUGAAAGCUCCUUGGUCAGUGAGAGGAGGAGAGGGCACACUAUGACCCGGAAGAGGAAAAUGAGUGACAGUUUGGAGGUUCCCCGAAAACGCCAAACUGAUUCACCUCUCUUUCAGGAUUCCCCAGUGAAUAUCGAAUCUUCUAGUGAAUCUCCCCUCAUCUCGAUAUGGGGAGAAUACACAGAACCUCAAGGAACUACCUAUCCCAUGACAACUGACACCAAAGUCCCUUGGUCAGAUGACGAGACUCUGAGUCUGCUAGAUAUUUGGGGGAAAGACUCUGUGCAACGAGUUCUGAAAGGCUGUGUCAAGAACCGCCACGUGUUCACUCUAAUUUCCAAAAGGAUGUCUGAGAGAGGCUACAUGAGAACGGUGGAACAGUGUCAGACCAGAAUCAAACGACUGAAGAACAGCUUCCGCCAGUCUCUCCAGCAGAAAGUGGAAUGCAAAUUUUAUCACCAGCUAGAGCGAAUACUUGGAAAUGUGACCCCGUCACCAGUUACUGAGGUCACCUAUGAUGUGGAAGAGGUGAUGGAUGACCCACUGGAAGACUCUGAGGAUUGGGGGUUCCUCGGCCACUCGGGUCUAGAAGAGAUGGGAACCAGAAGUGUUCCUUGGACAGACUCUGAGACCUUCACCCUUAUCAACAUAUGGGGGGAGGACAAAAUGCAGCAGGAAUUGAGGAGUAUGCAUAGAAACGGGCAACUGUUUGCUGUGAUAUCGAGUAAGAUGGCUGAACAGGGUUUUAUCCGAACUGCAGAGCAGUGCCAAACUAGGGUGAAAAGACUGAAGGCGAGUUUCCGACAGUGUUACGAGAACAAUGUGAAGGGAAGAGAGCAAGUAGAAUGUAAGUUUUAUGACUUGUUGGAGAGAAUACUGGGGAAUGAGCUUCCCUCAUAUGUGGAGGUGGCGGACAACUCUCUUGACAUUGACAUGGAGUCUAGAGAAGGAUGGCCCGCGGACAAUGAGUGCUCUAUUUACUCCUACCAGGAGAGAGAGGCUGCGGUGGGGAUGCCGGACGACAGGAAGAAGAUCCCCUGGGCCGAUGGGGAGACUGUGAUCCUCCUGGAGCUGUGGGGAGACCCCACCGUGCAGCAGAACCUGAAGCGCUGCCCGCACAAUGGUCACAUAUACUCUGAUAUCUCUGAAAAGCUCAGCGUCCGUGGUUUUUACCGAACGGCAGAGCAGUGCCACACGCGGAUAAAACGCCUGAAAGCCAGCUAUCGCCAGUGUCAGGAGAGCAUCAGUUCAUCUGGGUCUGAGCGGGUUGAUUUUAAGUUCUACGAUAUGUUGAAGCAAAUACUUGAGAGGGAGCCACCCUCCACCAGCACAGUGAUGACAUACCUCACCAAUGACAUGUCAGAGGACUCAAACAGUGACUCACUUCUAGAGUCUACAGAAGCAGAUGACGAUAACACAAUAUCUGAGCGGGCAACAACAGGCUCAUGGUCAGAAGCUGAGACCUUAGCCCUUAUUGACAUCUGGGGGGAGGAGGAGGUCCAGAAGGUUCUGAGGGGCUUGGUCCACAAUGGUCACGUCUACGUUGAGAUUUCGGAGAAGAUGCACGACCGAGAGUACUCCAAGACCCCAGAGCAGUGUCGAUGGAAGGUCAAGUCUCUUAGGAACAACUUCCGUCAGUGCUACGACAGGAAAAAAAGUGGUAGAAGCCGGGUGGAGUACAAGUUCUACAGUCGGCUGGAGGAAAUACUUGGUCAUGAAGCGAUCGCCAUCGACGAGUAUGACGAAAGAGACCAGGACCAAACAAUAGACCAGGACUCAGGGUCGGACGGGAUGAGAUCCACCCCGUGGUCAGAGCCUGAGACGCUGGCCCUCAUCGAACUGUGGGGAGACGACGAGGUCCAGCGAAGCCUCAGGGGCUGCGUGCGCAAUGGGCACAUCUUUGCAGAAAUAUCGGAGAAGCUGGCCGCCAUGGGGCACUUCAAAACAGCAGAGCAGUGCCACUCGAGGAUUAAGCGGUUGAGGAAAACGUACCGACAGUCUCUCCACAGCAGGAGGAACGGAGGGGAACCUUUGAUCUUUAGAUACUACAGCUAUCUGGAGCCAGUGCUAGGCAACAAUACCCUCUCACCCGAAACAGAGAUUGUUGAUUUGUGCGAUGACUUCACUCCAGAUCCCAAUGAAGAGGAAGAUCAGGCAACACAAGGCCAGAGGUCAUCCAGUUACGCCGUGACAGAAUCUAGUAGAAAGAUGCCCUGGUCUGAUCGGGAAACCCAGGCUCUGCUGGAGAUCUGGGGCGAGGACCGUGUGCAGCUCUCUCUUCGUGGCUGCCUGAAAAAUCGCCACGUGUUUGAGUACAUCUCACAAAGGAUGACGGCCCAGGGCUUCAUCAGGACAACUGAGCAGUGCCACACCAGAGUCAAGCGACUGAAGGCCAGCUUCCACCAUGACAAAAGGGAGUGUAAGUUCUACGACCAGAUGGACGAGAUAUUUUCAAGGGAGCUCAAUGUGGAAAGUUUGGCUGAAGAUUCCUUAGAUAAUGAGGAAGUUGCUGUCUGGGAGUCUACACUAGAUGUUGACCAAAGAAAAGCUAGCCGGCGUUUAACUGAUGGAUCCAAGUUCCCCUGGAGCGAUGGUGAGACCAAGGUUCUCCUCAGUAUCUGGGGGAGUGACGAGGUCCAGGAGGAUCUGAAGGGCUGCACAAAAAACAGACACAUUUUCACUGAGAUUUCUCAGGCAAUGGCCAACCAGGGUUACCUGAGGACCGCUGAACAGUGCCAGUCCAGAGUGAAGCGGUUGAAGGCCAACUUCCGACAGUUUUGCGAGGGCAAACAGGUUGGAGGAGAAAAGGUUGAAUGCAAAUUCUACAGUCAGUUUGUGCAGAUAUUUGGGAACAAGUAUGUAAUCUGUGACUCACUGGCUGAGGAAUCACUUGGCGCCACAGGCAAGGGAGCGAUCCCAGGCUCUCCAGAAUCUGUCAGCUGUCAGUCACCGUGGGUGCCGGAUCUGCCCUGGAGCAUUGAGGAGACGGAGGCCCUCCUCGACAUCUGGGGCACUGACCAAAUCCAAGAGGACCUGAGGGGAAAUUCUGGACUGGACCAGAUCUAUAGCGAGAUCUCCCAAAUGAUGGUCGGCAAAGGCUUCAUGAAAACAACAGAGCAGUGCCAGUCAAAGGCGACUCAACUGAACCUGAGUAUUAUUCCAAUCUCAUGAUGAGCAAGCCAAGCAUGAGAGAACAACUCGGUCUGUUUUAUUGCAUCACAGGACAGAUGCAUGACUUCUGGGAAAGAGCUUUAUAAACAAUCAGCAGGGCUUGUCUGUCCAGUCCUGUGUUAUUCUCAGAGACAGACAUUGUAUCCUAUCAAAGACACAUUGGCUUUGUGGGGUAUUCCUGAAGAGACUCAGUGUCCUUAUCACUCUGUUAGGAGGAAAUGGGCCGCAGAUAUAUUUUAGCUUUUAUGUUUGAAACAUGUUCACGAGCAAUGAAAAAGUGUAAAAAUUAUAUUUUAGUCAUUGAGCAGACACUCUUAGCCAAGCUACUUAAAUCAGUGGUUACGGUUAGGUAUGUUGCUCAAGUGUACAAUGACUAUUUUCUUUUUACCGAGGUGGACUGGGGAUUCAAACCAGCAACCUUUCAAUUACUGGCCCUAACAUCUAAACAUUAGGUUGCCUGCUGUCCUUAAAGAUAAAAGCUAAUCAAACAAUAGAGAGAAGAGGUGUCAGCCCAACUACACUAACAAAUGAACACAGAUUGAAACAAGAACGAUAACGCCCUUGGCCGGACCCCAUUCAAACAUCUGUUUUUUAUCUUUUUUAUAGGUGCUUAAAUUUCAAUGUCGUUGACUAUCUGAAUGUUUCUUUUUGUUUUGUAUGUCAGUGCAAGUUUACUAUAUUGUGAUAGUGCCCAAGUAACUGAGUGAAUCCUCUGAAGACAAAUGGUCAAAACAAUAUUAGUCUUGACAUCUUGAUUUUUAUAUUUUUCCUAGCUAAAGGUUUGCUAUUAUGUAUAUAUUUGUGUAUUGCAUGCUCAUUUUGUGUGUGUUAGAGAACUCCCGGGUGUAUUUGUAAUGUUCCACAUGAAACAGGAGUUGGAA